CCGCGGGACGCUCGGCGUCGGGACAACGGUCUGCCAUCCGCGAACGACGCCGUCUACCUCGACACGGGAACGUUCGCGUCGGGCCAACCUCGAUCCCUCGUCUAGACGCCGACUUCGAGACGUCAUCCGUCGUCGUUGGACACCACGGCCACCCUGACGCGUUCAGAGUCCUUCGGAAGGUCUGAGUUUCGGAGUUGAUCCUUGAAACGACGCCAGUCGGGCCAUAGAACAGUUUUCGCGCGUUAGAUCGGGCCGCGAAACUUACAAUUAGUGAGACUCUCGAGGAACAGGCUCGUGGAAUGCUUCCUGCUUCAGAGUUUGUGCGAGAAAAGAGUACCAAGGUGACUUUGGACAAUUUGGACUAUUGGUGUGCGCGAGUGUUACGCGAGUGAUCUUCUUGGAGCUUCGUCAGUUGAUUGUCUUGUUUUUACGAGGAAUGCUUAUCGACGCACCAUGAACGGAGCAACGUCGAUUGCAUCCUCAGAGGAACACCAACAUCAACAUCAACAACAGCAGAACGAAACACAAUCGGAACACCCAAGGAGUCCUACUAGCCCUCUAAGUAUUCGACAUGACUCGGGAGAGAGCAGCGUAAUCUCCCCAGGCUUACCAGAACGCUACAGUCCCUUAGGAGCGACAGGAUCGACCUCGAGUCACGAUCCUUACGCCUCGAGGUCGGUUCAGGAGUGUCCAGUGCCUCUUUGCAGAGGGAUACCAACGGAUUUCCCGCUCGCGAGGUCACCGUACUUAACUGCGCUCGGAAACGGCCACCCACAUUUGCUGGGACAAGUCCAGCAGCAACAGCACCAGCACCAGCACCAGCACCAGCACCAGCACCAGCAACAACAACAGCAACAGCAACAACAACAGCAACAGCAACAGCAGCCGCAACAUGGCAGCAAACCACCGCGCAGCCUCGGUUUGAUAUGCGUGGUUUGCGGUGACACCAGCUCUGGGAAACACUAUGGAAUCCUGGCCUGCAACGGAUGCAGCGGCUUCUUCAAACGAAGCGUCAGACGAAAGUUGAUAUACAGAUGUCAAGCCGGUACUGGAAGAUGCGUCGUAGACAAAGCUCACCGAAAUCAGUGUCAGGCCUGUCGUUUGAAGAAAUGUAUGCAGAUGGGAAUGAAUAAGGACGAACAUGUCUUUUCCACUUCAUGGAUACCAUACGCCGUGCAGAAUGAACGGCAACCCAGGAACACUGCCACCAUCAGACCAGAGGCUCUCGUCGAGAUGGACCAGGAACGCGCGCUUCGGGAAGCUGCAGUGGCUGUCGGUGUUUUUGGGCCACCUGUGUCGUUGGCUAUGGCGAGAUACACGACACCAUUGCCUUUACCCACCGUUGCACCGACAACAAAUUCAGCCAACCCUCCGACACCGCCUCGACAGGACAACGAGGAUGGAAAUGCAUCCGAGGACAGCAUAGACGUGACUAACGAGGAACCAUUGACGCCUCAAAGAAGCGGUUGCACGCAACUUCCGCCUGUGAUUCCGUCGUUGUAUUCGCCAGCUAGCGCUGAAACGGUCUACGAAACUAGCGCGAGGCUUCUCUUUAUGGCCGUUAAAUGGGCGAAAAAUCUUCCGUCUUUCGCGAGUUUGCCCUUCAGAGAUCAGGUAAUACUGCUCGAAGAAGCUUGGUCCGAGCUUUUCCUUUUGAACGCUGUGCAGUGGUGCUUGCCACUCGAAUCCUCGGCCCUUUUCAAUUCCGCGGAAUUGACUGCUUUGACUCUGUCACCUCACCCGCAUCCACAUCCACAUUCUGGAAUCCACAUGCAGACAACGACGGGUAAACCGAGUCAGGUGGCAGCGGAUGUCAGGCAUUUGCACGAUACCCUACAGAGAUACAAGGCCAUCAUGGUAGAUCCUGCGGAGUUCGCCUGCAUGAAAGCCAUUGUCUUGUUCCGACCAGAAACCCGUGGCUUGAAAGAUUCCAGCCAAAUAGAGAAUCUGCAAGAUCAGGCACAGGUGAUGUUAGGCCAGCACGCCAGAGCCCAGCAACCAGCCAGUCCAGCUCGAUUCGGCAGGCUGUUGCUGUUGCUGCCGUUACUUAGGACGGUGCCAGCGUCGAGGGUGGAGUUGAUAUACUUUCACAGAACGAUCGGCAACACUCCGAUGGAGAAAGUUUUGUGCGAUAUGUACAAAAAUUAAGAAACACUUUUGCACCACGGGGGACCACCGAGGAAGAAAUCAGUUUCCGGAAAUCGGCGUUUGUACAGUGGCACAUCGCGAAUUAUACGAAUUAAGUGAAACGUCGCUGAAAGUUCGCGCGUUCAUUCUGUGAUGCGUUUAACUCGAAUAUGAACGAAA